AUGGGUUACGAAGACUCUGUGUACCUCGCCAAGCUCGCGGAGCAGGCUGAGCGAUAUGAAGAAAUGGUUGAGAACAUGAAGUCCGUUGCUUCUGAGGACCAAGAGCUGUCCGUCGAGGAGCGAAAUCUACUCUCUGUCGCCUACAAGAACGUGAUUGGUGCUCGCCGUGCCUCAUGGAGAAUCGUCACCUCAAUCGAGCAGAAGGAGGAGUCGAAGGGAAACACAGCUCAAGUUGCCUUGAUCAAGGAGUACCGCCAAAAGAUCGAGGCUGAGUUGGCCAAGAUCUGUGAGGAUAUCCUCGAGGUUCUUGACAAGCACUUGAUCCCCUCUGCCAAGAGCGGAGAGUCCAAGGUCUUCUACCACAAGAUGAAGGGAGACUACCACCGUUACCUUGCUGAGUUCGCAGUUGGCGAAAGACGAAAGGAGUCUGCCGACAAGUCCCUCGAGGCGUACAAGAACGCGACCGAGGUUGCCCAGACCGAUCUUGCCCCAACCCACCCCAUCCGCCUUGGUCUUGCUCUCAACUUCUCCGUCUUCUACUACGAGAUCUUGAACUCGCCCGACCAGGCAUGCCACCUUGCCAAGCAAGCCUUUGACGAUGCCAUUGCUGAGCUUGAUACCCUCAGCGAGGAGAGCUACAAGGACUCCACACUCAUCAUGCAACUCCUGAGAGACAACUUGACCCUCUGGACUUCAUCAGAGGCCGAGCAAACUGCCGCCGAGCCCAGCGCCCCGGCCGAGACAAAGGAGCCCGAGGCAGCUGCGCCAGCAGAGCCCAAGCCUGACGCUGAAUAG